CUAAAACAUGUAUUAUUGUUGUUUUCUAAAAGAAGUUAACGUAAAUGAAAGAAAGAAGAAAUUUAUUCUCUGAAACAGCGUUGGGCAAAAAAUAUAAUUGAUAGAUUCACUUUUAUGCAAUAACACGAAAUUCAGGCUAUUAUAAAAUGACAACUCCAUAAAAACCAAAGCAAAAACAAAAAACAUUUAAAAUCUUACAAAAAAAUCCACACACACACACACCACUAUUAACUACAAGAACACACAUAACACACAAUGGAUGAGGAGGACUAUGGGUAUCUGCCGCCAUGGAACACCAACACCUUGAGUGUACCAAACGAUCCGACCUUGAUUGCUGUCUACGAGCUGUACAAAUCACCAUUAGACGCCAACCGGCUUCUUCUCAGCGAACGGAACCGUGAGACCUUUGCCGAGCUGCUGAAUGGGCCAAGUAGUGUGCCCACCUUAGCGGAUCUCUGCGUCCGCCAGCUGGCAAAGAGGGGCACCGCCCACAUUGCAGCUGACGUGCUCGAGAAUCCGCUUAAGAUGCGCAUAUACUACGACUCCCUCGACGUGGAUUCGCCCCUGCGCGAGUGCUAUUUUGUGGAGGACAUGAGUUUUUGGCGGCGCGUUGUCCUUGCCAAGUGCAGCGACAAGUGUCUUGCGAUGAAGGGACUGAACGAGUACGAUUGGCGCGCCAAGGGACUGAGCAUCAAGUACGUGGAGCUGGUGGAAGCCUGUCCGGCGACUCUUUGGCCGGAAAAAGAGAUGACUAAACUGGCACUGCUGAUUCGAGAUGACGUGCGCAACAUGGACAUACGACACCUGCAGUCGGUGACUGAGCUCAGAUUCCGGAAAGCGGGGUUCAACGAUAACGAUUCGGAACCCAUUGUUAGCUCCGAUGCCUCCAAUGGCAUGGAAAUCUCCAGUGAUGAGCCCGAUACCCUGGAAGAGGAGGAGGGCGAGGAAGAGGAAGAGGAGAAAGAUGAAUACUUCGGCCUCUUUCCGGUAAAACAAGUGACCGCCAUUGCCUUCGCCGACGACAACGAUACAAUCAAGCGGAGACGAGCGCGACAGGAAAGAAAUGCCGAACGACAGCAGCUGCGAGACAAGAAAGCCCAGAGGGCGGAGAAUAAGGCGCACCAGGAAACCACCUCAGCGAAAAAUACAUCAGAGGGACAGCGUCGGAAGCGACCCCGCAAGCAGAAGAUCACGGGCGCAUUCGACAUCCGAGUGGAACCGGAGCCGGAGGAUGGGGAGGACAAGGUGAUGGACAAACGCAACAUGGAGCGUUACCUGAACUACCUCAAGAAGUUCGAGUAUCCGGAGGACGAUUGCUGGCACAUCGACCUGAGCUUUGUGGGCCGUUUUGUCAAUCUCGUCUCACUGACCCUGGAGUUCCUCGGCCCUGCCGAAAUGGGCAGGAACUACCACAAGCGGCACUUGUUGUUCUCCGUCAGGGACAUGGUGCAUUUGGCCCGCGGACUGUCUUUCCUGGAUCAACUGCAGAUCUUCCGGCUGCGCAACAGUCGAUUGAACCAUUUGAAGCUCUAUCCCCUAUGCCGGGUGCUGCGAACGAUGCCCUCCCUGGAAGUGGUGGACUUUGGUUACGCCCAGAUGCUCGAUGACUGCGGCGGACUUCUUGGCAUUCUCCUGGAUAGGCCACGCAUGUUGAGUUCAUUGGAGUUGGAGUAUAACCGCCUGGACAUACGGGCAAUGUUGGCCAUCGGAGGAGUACUGCAGCGGCAUAACACCGGCAGGCUGCAGUACCUGGGACUCGCGAACAACAGGCUGGGUGCCGAGGCCCUGUCCGUUCUGUGCAGUCACCUGAAAGACACUGAUCACGUCGAGGAGCUAGAUGUCUCCGGGAUCGAGGUGAAUGCCAGGUAUUUCACGACCGAGAUCUCCAACUUAAUUCGAUACCACGAACCGCUGCGCCAGCUGAGGAUGGUGGCCGUGCCGCUGGGCGUAACUCUUGGACGGCAUCUGAUCCGCGCCCUCAACACAAAUACCAAGAUCAUCCACUUCGAUUGCCGUGCCUGCGAUCUGGAUUUGGAAUUGGAGUUGGAGGCCGACAUAAUAAUCAGGCGAAACAUCUAUCAGUUCGAAAAUAGAUUCGUGCGGGACACCGAGCAAUUUCCAGAGACAGUUGAUUUGCUGGAGCACGCAAAGAGGCAGCAUCAUCCGAUUGUGAAUCAGGUGGCAUCCGAACUGAAUCGGCGCGAAGAGUGCUUGCGUCAGUAUCCGUGCAUGUUGCAACCCGAAGUACCUGUUGAGGUACCACCCGAGGUUCAGGAGGAGGAGUCCGACUAUGACAUUUGGGAGGCUUUGGGUGUCACCACUAAAAAAAUAACAGUGCAUAUCGAAACGAGAUCAGACACAAAUGUGUCAUCGACCACGUUUAAGACUCAACACGCCUACGAAGCCAACAGCUUUGAUCUGAAUGAGUUCCGUCAGCUUGUCUACCAGCCCGGACCGGGUAAUAGGUACUCGUACUUCCAAAAGCAUAGACUGCGAAGGUAACCUCAUGUGGAAACAAAACUUCCCUCAAAAUUAGGUUUUGCAACCUUAAACCACCAAGAAUCAUCUACAACAAAUACAUCUGAGUGUUAAAUAUGUAUAUAUAGUAAUGUGUUAGCUGA